CCACCUCCGGAUACACUCGUCUCUGAGGGAUUCCCCCUUUCUGUCUCCGGGUCUGGCACAACCUGUUACUCGAAGGAAAAGGGAGGCUGCGUCGCGUCUUCAGCGAAGUUUUGAGAUUUUGCAACUUACAGAAGGUUAUUUUGUCGGAUUAAAGAAAAGAAAAGCAGAGGUAGUUCUGUUUCCAGUGUGAAACCUGACAGAGAGUCAGGAGCCAUGACAGCGCUGGCUGGAGGUUUACCGAGGAUGAUGAGACCGAGUCCUCACCAGAACUUCCCGCGGGGAGGAUACUCUCUGGAAGUCUCCACUCCGUUAGGACAGGGUCGGGUCAACCAGCUCGGCGGCGUCUUCAUAAACGGCCGACCUCUCCCCAACCAUAUCCGCCAUAAGAUCGUGGAGAUGGCCCAUCACGGUGUUCGGCCGUGCGUAAUCUCCCGGCAGCUGCGUGUGUCCCACGGCUGCGUGUCCAAGAUCCUCUGCCGGUACCAGGAGACCGGCUCCAUCCGGCCGGGGGCCAUCGGAGGCAGCAAGCCAAAGCAAACCGCUGCUCCAGAGGUGGACAAGAAAAUCGAGGAGUACAAGUCAGAGAACCCGGGUAUGUUCAGCUGGGAAAUCAGGGACAAGUUACUGAAAGAAGGAAUCUGCGACAGGAACAACGUCCCCUCAGGUUGGAGAAAGUUUCAAACGUUGAGCGCCAUCAGCCGCAUCAUGCGCUCCAAGUUCGGCGGGGUCGGUGAGGAUGAGGACGAUGAGGAGGUGGUGAAGAGGGAGAUGGAGGAAAACGAACCGCGCACAAAACACAGCAUUGACGGAAUUCUGGGAGACAGAUCCAGUCACUCAGACGAGGGCUCCGACGUGGACUCAGAGCCUGGCCUGCCCCUGAAGAGGAAGCAGCGCCGCAGUCGGACCACCUUCACGGCGGAGCAGCUGGAGGAGCUGGAGAGGGCCUUCGAGCGCACACACUACCCCGACAUCUACACACGGGAGGAGCUGGCUCAGCGGGCCAAGCUGACAGAGGCUCGAGUGCAGGUGUGGUUCAGCAACAGGAGAGCCCGGUGGAGGAAGCAAGCUGGAGCCAGUCAGCUGAUGGCGUUCAACCACCUCAUCCCCAGUGGGUUCCCUCCGUCGGCCAUGUCAGGCCUGCAGUCCUAUCAGCUGUCCGACAGCCCUUACCCUCCUACUUCCAUAGCUCAAAGUCAGCCCGGCACAGUCCACAGACCGCAGCCACUGCCGCCCACGUCCGUGCACCAGAGCGGCCUCAGCUCGUCGGCGGGCUCUCAGGAUCCCAGCUCGGCGUACUGCCUGUCUUCCGGACGUCACGGCUUCUCAGGAUACUCGGACAGCUUCGUGACUUCGUCGGGCCACAGCAACGGCGUGAACUCCACCAUCGGCAACAGCCUCUCGCCACAGGUGAUGGGCCUGUUGAAUCCAGGUGGAGUGCCACACCAGUCCCAGAGCGACUUCGCCCUCUCCCCGCUGACCGGAGGCCUGGAGCCCAACGGAGGCAUGGCCGCCAGCUGUCACGGCUCCCAGCGCCUGGACACUCUACCUGGCCUGACCAGCAUGCCCAGCCUUCCCAGCACCCAGUCUUACUGCACACCGUCCUACGGCUCCCCCGCCUACGCCGUGGACCACCAUCCAUCCUACCAGUACGGACAGUACAGUCAGAGCAAGGUGCGUUUGAAAUACCCUGUUCAUACCGCUUGUUUAAGGAUUCUCCUUUCCUAGAAUUGAAUGCAAAUUGUGUAUAAUUGAUUGGCGGCCAUGUCCUCUUGUGACCCCUCCGCUGGUUUAGCUACUUAGGCUCAAUUCUCUGACUCACAACCCGGGUUAAUUGCGCGGACGGCUCUGAUGAGCGAGCGUCUCAAAUCACCCAGGGGCUGUGCUGAAAUUACAUGUACGUUAAAGAGCGCUAGCUGGCGGGUUGCCUCAGUUUACAUUACCAUCACCGGGCUAUCCACGUGGCUCGAUGCAGAGGCACGUCCAGGUCGUACAGCCCAGCGCACGCAUUCUCCCUCUGUCCUUUCGUGACCCCCGUAUGAUGAGCUCGCCCCAUCAAACCCUCGGUCUACCUCAGCUAGCCAUGUAAUGACCCCUGCGUAACAUAGAUCGCCGGCCAAAUGAAAGGAGCCACUUCCCAGAGCAUGUUUGACAGGAGGGAGGGGUGCAUGUUACUGUUGUCCGGGGCUGAUCUGAGGUACACCACCGCAUGUGGACAUCAGUGGCAACAUCUUGAUGUCAUUAAUUUAGCCGGGCCUGGGAGGGACCCGCAUAUAGGUUGUGUGGGUUUGAUGAAAAGUGUGUGUGUGUGUGUAUGUGAGUGUAGACAUGUAGGUGUGUGUGUACAAGGGAAGGGUUAGGGGCUCUUUAACAGGGGGCGAUUAUGGCCCUUGGCAGGCCAGGAUUAGAACCAUGUGUCCCACUGGAGGUCAAAUUCAGAGUUGUUACUGAUCAGUGGAGCAGAGCCCAGGUCCUCCAAGAGCAGUUUUCUUAUUUCACAUCAAACUUAUCCAUUCAAACCGACUCUGACCUGCUCUCACACAUAUUUCUGUCCAAAAUGUUCCUUUUUCCAUCAGGGGAUGUAAGCCCCUAAAUAGAAAGCAAACUGAAUCUCUCUAACCCUCCCGA